AUGAGUCAACGAGAAGAGAAACAUUUUGAAUGUUUGUCGAAAGAAGUUAAUCAAGAUGAGAGAUUUAAGAAUAUUUUGUUGAAACGACGAGUUAUCCAAUCAAUUAAUGAAGGAAGUUUGCAAAAACUUGGUAGCUGGUUGACUUGGUCAAAAUCACCUAAACAAAUCAUUCUUGAAAAGGUUGAAGGUGAACUCUCUGAAAUGAUUUUGAUAUUUCAAUUAAAGUGUGUUUUAAACUUUAAAUUUGGUCAACUCUUUGAUUCUUUCUUCGAAAACGAAUUUUCUCUCGAACAAUUUGCGACAAGAGACGACGACGAAGACUAUUGCAUGAGAAGAGAGUUGACUACAGAACUCGAACAAUAUUAUUCAAAUAUGCAAAUAAUUAAUGAAAAUUAUGUUGGGAAAAACUUUAACUGCGCUAAAGUUCUUCAAUCCUUAAGAAUUGGGAUUGUGGACGUAUUAAGAGAGUUUGAUUUGGAAACUUCCGAUGCUGCUAAAAAGCAGUGCACGCUUUCAAUAUUAUUGUCAGAUAAUCGAUACUUAAACAUUCUUUUCAAAGCAGAUUUACUGAGUCAAUUAAACUUAAACCUCGAGGAGAGAGAGAAAGAGAAACAGAAUUUUGUAACUGAAAUGACUAAAAUAUCAAUUAAUUAUGUUGAUUACUGGUCUUCUAGGAAUCUCAUUCAACUUGAGUCAAUUCUCUCUAGAUUUAUCUCGAUUCAUUAA